AUGUCCGACAUCAUGCACUACAACCAGUCACUGACUGUAUUAAGCGAUAGCGAUUCAUGUGCUGCUGUCAGACUGCGCGACUUGUUUGUUUCCACGGAAAGGUAUUUAUUUGAGAGCACGGACCAAGUGCAUUUGUGCACAUGCCACAAAGACUUUUGUAAUUCAGCGCCUUCCAAUAUUUCCAUUCACUUUUUGAUAUUUUUGAUACGUUUGUUAUACACGCUUUUAUAA